UUGUCACCAUGAGCAAUUCGAAAACCUGCAGCAGCAUAGUCCAGUGUCUGGGGAACUUACAGGAAGACAAACUGUUCUUGGACUUCACUGUUGUGGUGGGUGAGACAAGCUUCAGAUGCCACCGCCUUGUUCUGGCGGCCUGCUCGGAAUUUUUCCAGGCACUUUUUAGUUCCGGGUUGAGAGAAGCCACAGAGAACAGUGUCGUGCUGCAAGAUGUCUCUAGCGAGGUUUUCCAGAAGAUUCUCAGCGCGCUGUACAGUGGUCAGAUAGAUUUAACAUCAGAGAACUACACCAACAUAUGGAGGGCAGCGAAUAAGCUGCAAGUAAUGUUUUUAGUCGAUUUAUGCGAAAAGUUUGCUAUUGAAGCUAUCACCAUGGAAACUUGGGAGAAAAUUUAUGAAACAGCUUCAGAAUUAAGCUCAAAAAGAUGUCUUGAUCAGUUUCAUUUGUUCAUGUUGAAAAACUUCGAGAAAAUUCGACUUUCACCAACAUUUUUACUGAUGUCUUUCAAAGAAGUCAAGGAUUUGAUAAAAAGCCAAGAUCUCGUUGUGAGCGUUGAAGAUUUAGUUCUGGAUUCAGUCAUCAAAUGGGUAGAGUAUGAGCCUCCGACUAAGAGACAGAUAAACAUGUUCGAAAAUGGUGAUCUGAAAAAUGAAAAAGCUAUUUUCAGCGUGGAUGAAAACGAAAUAAAAGACACUGUGAAAGAUUUUUGUCUUAAAGAAAGUGUGGAAAAUUCUGAAAAUGCUAAACGAAAAAAAUAUCAAGAGCGUUCUGGUAGCUCACGUGAUAUUGUAAACACCGAGACAUCGCCUAGAAAAGAUAAACUAGCUGAGCUGUUGAAGGAAGUGAGGACAUAUCUUGUAAGUCCUGAUGUCCUAUCUCGUGUCCUAAAGAUGGAUUUGAUGACGGAAAAUAAAGAGUCAAGGGAAAUAAUCGUCGAUGCCAUGUCCUAUCAUGUACAGAAGUUCAAACACGGUCAGUGGUCAUCAGCUUCUGUACACAGGUCUUGUAGUGAGUACAUACAUACUGGAGUUUAUACUAAACUUGACGGGAGUUUUAGUGUAAUAAGCGCAGACAAAGAAGAGCUGUUUUACAUGAAACAAUGCGAAUAUUUACAAGAGAACAUUCAACUCGUCACUUUUGACGGUGAACUUUAUGCUACAGGAACUGAAGAACAAAACCCAGACUGUCGAAUGUUUGUGUUCUUUGACAACAGCUGGAAGAGAGUAGCUGACAUGCCAAGUCACAAUUUGUUAUUGGUGUCACAUGGAGACUUUAUUUACAUCUUAAACAAAGACGAUAAAGUUAUUUAUAAGAUAACUCCAAAAUCUAUUGACCCAAAUCUAGAAAAAAUGACGGAAUUCCCAGAAAAUGUGGAUUGUAAGCACGCGUCGAUUAUCGAACAUUUUCUUCUAAUAUUUUGCUCUGAAUCUAACAAAGGUACAAACAAAACAUCCGUGUACAAAUUUGAUAUUUUGUCCAAAAUUUGGACCAGAUUACGCGGUCUCGGUGGACCAGCAGAACAGCUGAUUACCUUCAGAAACGACAAGCACAACUACAUUUUACAGACAAAUGGAAGUCUGUGGCUCAUACUUUAUUCAUCUGACAAUGGGAACAUUGGAUUUAAAUUUCUUGCCAAACUUUGGAACUUUGCCAAGAGAUUGUACGGCGGGUUAACUUUUCAAAGUAAACUGAUCAUUUUUGAAAAUCAAUCCGAGAGCGAAUCUACAGAGGAGAAAACAUUGUGUGAAGUUCCACCACACUUUACAGACAUCAAAUACUGUGGAGUUGAUUGCUACAGUUCAAAUGUUGUUCCUGUCACUAUACUAAAGAAACUUUUACUCCACUGAAGUGGAUUUAGGCACAAUUUUAUAAACGGUUUAAAUCAUUCAAAAGGAUAUUAAUAUCACACAUGCCUGAUCUGAACUCUAUUAUUCGCUUACUAUUAUUUAGCAAACAUCUGAAAGCAAAAUCACUAAGGCUGAUUUUAUGUGAACUUUUUUCUAAGUGUAUUUUAACUUCGAUGAAAUUAAUACACCGCAUUUGCUCAAGACAGCUCUAUGUACAUACAAUGUAAUACCAAAUAGCUGUUUCUUAAAUAUUUGAUCCAGUGUUGAAUAAAUUAGAACCAUUUUGUUUUACACAUGUGGGAAAAUACAAAUUGAACUCAAAGGCAAAUUUCAGCAGUUGUGGGUAUGAACGCUUUGUGUUAGACUGUAUUCUACUAGUUUAUAUCUAGGUACGUACAUGUUUUUUUCAAAUACAGGUUAAUAAAAACAUUCACAGGUUGUAAUUUUAUCACUGGUGUUAACAAAAGCGUAAUCGUUUACUUAUGAGUCUGGAGAUAUUCAAUAGUUAUCAAAUUUAUUUGCAUUGGUUUUGAAUACAAUC